GAAAAAACCCAAACAGGAUAGAGCUAAACCUCGCUCCACCUUCCACUCGUCUCCAAUGGCCACCACCACUCUCCCACGCUCUCACAUCCGCCUGCAUCUCCCGCUCCACACCGCCAACCCUUCCUACCCUCGCUGCUGCCGCCUCCUUCCCUCCUCCGCCAUCUCAUCGCGUCUCCAGAACCCCGCCACAACCACUGCCACCCACUAUCCCAUCCUCCCGCCCGCUCCAUCCCCUUCCCUCCUCGUCGCCGAGGAGGCCUCCCUCGCCCCGCGCCGCACCCACCGGUUCCCGGGCUCUGUCGCGCCCCCGUGCAUCCAGGACUCCCGGGAGGACCUCGACGUCCCGGCCGACGAUGACGUCCUGCGGCGUGCGCUCGAGGUGCGCCGCGCUGUGGCCACCGAGGCGCUCGUGGCCGCGCUCAGCGGCGGCAAGGCCGGGGGCCUCACCUACGUCAACAACCUCACUUCACGGAUGGGCGCCUUCGUCGACCGCAUCGUCGUCGGAGCCGCCGCCAUGCGGCGCGACCGCUCCGAGCUCGCGCACCAGUCCUUCAACGCGCGGGCACGGACCUACAUCCAGGAAUCGGGCGUGGUCGAGCUGGUCAAGUGGUUCAAGCACAACUCAUUGACAUAUCCCCAAAUCGCGAAAGUAGUUUGCUCCUGUUCUGGUGAUCUGGAGAAAGUGAGAAGGAUGCUAAAGUGGUUGAGAUCAAUUUAUGUGAAAGGAGUAUUUUUGGGACGUGUGCUUGCGAAGGGUGAAUCCCUUAUGAGUCGCAGUUUUGAAGAAUUGGAAGAGAUUACUGGCUAUCUGGAAUGCUGUGGUGUUAGAAGAGACUGGAUUGGUCACGUGGUCAGUAGAUGUCCACAGCUAUUGAAUUUGUCCUUGGAUGAGUUAGAGACACGAGUGCGAUUUUAUACAGAUAUGGGAAUGAAUGAGAAUGACUUUGGCACUAUGGUCUAUGAUUAUCCAAAAGUUCUUGGGUUUUUCAGCCUAGAAGAGAUGAACAGUAAGGUUCAAUAUCUGAAAGAGUUUGGUUUGAGCACAGAAGAACUUGGAAAAAUGCUGGCUUAUAAGCCACAGCUCAUGGCCUGCAGCAUUGAAGAAAGGUGGAAGCCACUUGUGAAGUACCUAUAUCAUCUAAACAUUUCACGGGAUGGUAUGAAGCGUAUGUUGGUGGUCCAACCUACGAUUUUCUGUCUUGAUUUAGAGACAGUAAUUGCACCAAAGGUACGAUUUCUACAGGAUAUUGGUGUGAGGAAUGAUGCAGUCGGCAAUGUGCUAGUGAAGUUCCCCCCUGUACUAACUUAUAGUCUGUACAGGAAGUUACGCCCAGUGGUUAUAUUCCUGAGGACAAAAGCUGGAGUAACAGAGGAUGACAUUGGGAAGGUCAUUGCGUUGGACCCGCAGCUCAUGGGCUGCAGCAUCGCACACAAACUGGAAGCCAGCGUCAAGUACUUUCGGUCACUGGGCAUCUACCACUUGGUGCUCGGCCAGAUGGUUGCCGACUUCCCGACGCUUCUCCGAUACAAUGUGGAUGUUCUACGUCCAAAAUACCAGUACCUCAGGCGUGUCAUGGUACGGCCGCUGAAAGAUCUUAUCGAGUUUCCCCGGUUUUUCAGUUACUCUUUGGAGCAUAGGAUAGAGCCUCGGCACAAGGUUCUGGUGGCCAACAGGAUAAACAUGAAGCUGCGGUACAUGCUGCCUGGUUCCGAUGAGGAGUUUGCGCAGAGGGUGCAAGAGGCCGUCGAGAGGAGAGCGAGAUUCGAAGCCGGAGAAGCUACUCCGGAGACAUCAGGUGCGCCCGAAACACCCAGCGGCAAUGGAAAUGGCGUAGCAGCAGCAGCAGCAUGUCAAGAGAUGGAGGCAGAUUAAGGCAGUACCUUGCAAGAAACAAGAAUUCCAUGUCCUUGACUUGUACGUACAUACGUGUACAUAUUCCUGUUCCACGUUUGUGGUUGGCUGUGCUCACUGUGAGAGCCUAUUUGAUCCUUUGUGACUCCAAAGUCC